UCACUGCUAUCGGUAGCUGCAUAUUGCGUCGGCACUGCGUGACAAAAAACACGAAAAUUUUUUGUGCACCCCGCGGCGGCGGCGAUUCGGAAAAAAAAUUAUACGGUGAGGUGGUAGUUUUUUGCGGAAUGUCGUUUCCCGCGCGAACGUCGGCGCCCCCGCGGCUCCCCCUUACGAAAAUUAUGUAAACGGGACGUAACCCCGGUUGCGUACCACCGCGUCGUACUCGAGACAUCCCGGCGUGCCCUGAUUGGCGUGGUCGUGUGACAGAGAUCGGUUGUGCGACGGACCUUGAACAGCGAAAAAACGGAAGAAUUCCGUGCGAGAAUAAAAACGAGUUGAGGAAAAAAGUGGCCCAGUGCUUUUUGUUGUAGUAAUAAACCGAGUGCAUAUCGUGGUAACGUCAGGAGCGAGAAGAUACUAGGCCCGAGAGGCGUUUUGGAUUUUUCGCCGUCUGGCGUUUUGGAUCGGCCUUUUCCAAGAUGAACAUGUAUCCGUGGUACCGGGAUUCCAUGGGCGGGCAGCUGGGUCAGCUCUGCGGUCCCAUGGCUACCACCAUCAAGACCGAAAAUGGCUACAACGACUGCAUGUUAGCUCUGGAUUAUGCCACCCAGAGUAAGAAAGCAUUCGGAUGGGACACGUCGCAGGCAAGCGGCAAUCCAUCUGGACCCCAGCCGGGCAGCAUGGGAGGUCAAGGAGCCCAAGGUCUCGUCCACUGGAUGAGCGUGAUGGCGGAGCACAUGGACCCUGCCGUGUCCCACUACAUGUCCUGGAACCAAGAGCAGUGCGGUCAGCACGGCAAAGACGACUACCCUAAUUGGGGCAGGAACCCGAUGGGAAUGGGAAAGCAGGGAUAUGAAUCGAAGAUGAACGAUCACAACCAAAUGCAAAAAGUCUAUGGUAUGGAGGAGCACCAUAUGACCGGUACGCCGGGUUUGUACACGUCGGGUCGCUCAACGUCUAGCAGUUCUAGUCCGGGGGUCGCUGGAUCGAGCCCCGCCCUGUUGGUGGUACCCCAGCCGAUAAACGCGACCAAAAUGGGCGGCAUGCAAAACGGCGGCGUGCAGCCAAGGAAGUACCAAUGCAAGAUGUGCCCGCAGGUAAGUGUGUUCAGUUCGAAAGCGGAACUGCAGCUCCACACGCAGGCGCAUAUGCGAGAGGCCAAACCGUACAAAUGCUCGCAAUGUUGCAAAGCGUUCGCCAAUAGUUCCUACUUGUCGCAACACACGAGGAUCCACCUCGGCAUCAAACCCUACCGCUGCGAGAUCUGCCAGCGGAAGUUUACCCAGCUCAGUCACCUUCAACAGCACAUCCGCACGCAUACGGGCGACAAGCCGUACAAGUGCCGGCAUCCGGGCUGCCAAAAGGCCUUCUCACAAUUGAGCAACCUUCAAUCGCACUCGCGGUGUCACCAAACCGACAAGCCGUACAAAUGCAACUCGUGCUACAAGUGUUUCAGCGACGAGCCGUCGCUGCUCGAGCACAUACCCAAACACAAAGAGAGUAAACACCUGAAGACGCACAUCUGUCAGUACUGCGGAAAAAGUUACACGCAGGAAACGUACCUUCAAAAGCACAUGCAGAAACACGCGGAACGUACGGAUAAAAGGCCACCUAUUGGACCCACUUUAGAUUUCUUGGUUCCAGGUUUGAACCACCGGGGGUUGGACCACCCCUACUGGCCGAAGGUAAGCCCCGACAGUGCCGAGAACAUGCACGACUACCCAACCGACAUUCCGCGCGGAUUACUGGAACAGAACGAGGACCUGGUGAUCAUCAGGCAACAACUGAGCCAGAACCCGCCCGCGCCGCCCGGCACACCCAACGCGAACCUGGGCAACUCGUACGACACGUCCAUCUCAAAGAGUAACACGAAUUCGGCGUUCACGCCGAUCAACUCGAUGUCGGGCCACCUCAAUCACCUCAAUCAGCUGGCGCCCAAUCGACCCUACAUCUACGACGCCUUGUCGUUCCAAAACAAGAACAGCCUGGACAUACCCAAGUCGCAGCCCAGCAACGGGUUCCCCAAUCAGCUGAUAUCGCUGCACCAGAUUAGGAACUACGCCCAUCAGCCAAACGCGAGUCUCAUGGAGCACUCCAUAUUGGGCGGGCUCAAGGAUAAGUAAUGACGUCCUCCGCGCACAGUUCGUUCUGUCGUUGGUGAUGGCGUUUCGACGGGAGAGUCGCUCGGUGAGGGUCGCCGUUUCGUUGAUCUCGUAUUAAGUUUAAGCUUUAGUUUUUUUUGUGCCGUCGGGAAUGUUGGCGCGCCAUCCUGUAUAUUUUCGUUAAUCGUUCACGCUCGAAGGUUGAACACGUCGUGGGGGUGGUGACUCACGCAAAUUAAAAACCAAUUUCGGUCUUAAACGUAAUAAUGAUAAUAAUUGUCGGCGUUUUAUAUAAGUGGUGAUUUACCUGAUGUCCCGGUAAUGACGAGGUGUUAGAGGAACGGACCCUACUAGAAAUUUGAAAAAGGAAUCGAUUAAGCAAAUCGAUGCUAGGAAUUAGUUUCGAGAGUCCGUGAAAUAGCAAGCAGUGGUCCUUAUUGCCACCUUGGUUUCGAAAACUUAUUUUCUGCGAAAUUUUCUUAUAUUAGAGAUAGAGUGAGUACCGUGAGUAACUAUCGUUAAUAUAAGAAAAUUUUACAAUAAAAAUUAAGAUGGCAACCACGCCUUCUAGCGUCUUCUUGGUUUUGACGGUUUUUUUUUCAAAUGUCAAAGACCAUCCGUUCACUACUUCACGAUGUUCGAGGAAAUCACGGCCGUGGUCCGGACAGUCAUUUUUGCGCGAAACCAAUCAAACUCUUAAAUCAGGUAUUCCCCGGGACAAAGUUCCUGCCCCGAUGAUUUCCUCGUUUCGAUAAUUUGUUUGUUGAUGUAAAUACACGACCGCGGUCGCUAAAUUGUUAAAUUCUCGUCGUUCAAAAACGACUCACGACCUCGGCGCGUGAGGGCGGCCUCACCAAAGAAUUUCCAAAUUUCACCAUUUAAAAAUGGGUCGAAUCCUAAAGUUGUCACUUUUAUAAGCUUUAUCCAGGACUAUACGCGGCAAUACGGCAACGGGAUGUAAUAAUUUAUAAAUACAAUAGUAAAAUUUAUAUAAUUUGUAUACGGGUUGGGCGCCACAAUUCAAUACGCUAUAUUGGUGUGACGUCAACUGUCGAUGUUUGGGAUCCAAAAAAAUCGAUUCGUUCAUAUGGUUGUGUAAGUUUUUGUGUGAUAUUUAGUUAUUGGUGACCAUUUAACAGUACUAGUGAACAUUUCUCAAUGUUAUUCAGUUUCUUAAGUCUAAAUCCCAUUUCAUUCAUUUCAUAAACAGAAUUGAAUUAAAAAAAAGACCUGAUGAUUGUUAUAAAAAAUUCAAGCGCAUAAGAAAAGAUAAGAUUUAAAUUCCUCUCUUUCCUACUAAUAUAGUACUUAUACUUAUUAUAACAUAAGAUUAUAAAAAGCGUAAAAAACGGCAUUUUUAUUAGCGCUUAUCAGCCAAAUUUCUUUUGCCACAAUUCUCUUAGAAAAACUGCCAUUUUAUUAGCAAGUGUCAUUUUUCUCAAUUCUUCCAUAGCGGACGCUAGAUUUGAAAGGCUACAACAACUCGCAAGAAAGCGGAUUUUGAAGAAAAAUUAUAUAAAAAUAUAUACAAGUUUUCACGAAAAUCACCCUUCGAAAUAUUUCCAUCCAUAAAAUUUCAAAUACCCUCCUGGUUAUUUAAUAUAUUACGCUUAUUGGGUAUGAACGAUUUUCGUAAGUUGCCUAAUUUGAUUUCGUUUGUUAUUAUUAUCAUUUAUAGUUUCAAAAGUAUUCCAUUUGAAUUUGCUCUUUGAAAAUACGACAAUCAGAGGAAAACCUGCAUUAUUUUUUAACAUCAUAGGUUAUAGUUUUUAUAUUUUUGUUUUCAUUAAAAUACCCUUCCACGCUAUUUUAUUUCAACUUGCAAUACUUAAGUAGUAAUACUCUAUUGAUAAAUAAUCACUAAGUCAGUUAAAUAGUCUGUCUUGAUUACAAUACAUACAAAAACUGAAACAGCAAUCAUUAUAGGGCAAAUCGUUUCGUUUGGAUCCCGAACGUUGACAGUUUGUAACCAAGAUGGCCGAUGCUACGUUAUCACCAAUAUAGCGCGUAUUGCUUUCAGAAACGCGUCCAAGUUAGGUUAGGGAACGCGCCCUUGCCGCGCGAACGCCCCCUGGCGGCGAGGCAAUAUAUAAAACAAAAAAGUGUUGAUAUUUCUGUUACGUUUUUGCCCCGCAGAGGCGAAGGAUAUUGUAUAGGAAUAAUUAUAUAAAGACAUGUGAAUAUAAAAAAAAUUACUAGUUAAGGUUGUACAGAAUAAAUAGUUUUUUUUUCGUAGGGGGUCGGCGGGGAGAGGGCGCUCGCCCCGACCGCGUUUUCACGGGAUGCCCUUUUUUCCUCUUUUCGUAUACAUAGUUUAUUUUUUAACAAUCAUGGAUCCGGACGGGCGCCCUCCCGACUCCCAUAGCUCAAAUAUAUAUUUAUUAUUAUUUAACGUACACGAAUCUCAAAAAAAAAUUGUUUCGGGUAUAGUUAAGAGUGCUGAAGUUUGUUUUUUUUUACAUUACAUUUUGAGGUUUACUAUCGGUGCAAAUAUAUCGUUAAUGUUAGCCAAUUGACAGUUGAAAUGUCCGCGGGCGUGGCCUUUUUUUUGAGGAUCGGGUCGGGGAAGCUACCGCACAUUCCGAGAUGGUUUUUCCGGUACUUAUACAAUGAAUCGUUUAGUUUUUGAAUCGAGGAACGAUCCGUAGCUUUUCCGUUUAAUUACCCGACCAUUGCUCAGACUAUAUAUGUUGUGUAUACGUGGCAGUAUACGGAAAUGUUAAGUUUUCUUUUGAUUUCCCACAGUGUACAUAUUCGGUUACGUUACGUUAACGUAAGUUUCUCUCUCUCUCUUUCUCUAUCUAUCUCUAUCCCGAGUUACUUGAUUAAGUAUGGAAACGAGCUUUAACCUGUUAGUUAAGUUUAUUUGAUUUUUUUUUUGUAAGAUAUCUCUGUUGUAUAAGCUUGUGAUUAUUCAAAGACGAAAACGAAGCGAAGAAGAAAAAGAUGUAUUUAUGAAAAUUUAUCGGUUUUGUUACAUUUUUUUUAUUAUUAAAUAAACGUUACUAUUUCCUUCCUGUCGAUACGAUUUUGUUUUUUUUUUAAUUUUUGUUUUCUCCCCUUCUCCCGACUUUGGUUCGUCGGCACCGCGUUUGUAACUGUGAUAAUUUUUCGUACUGAUAAAAUAUGGUAAAUAGUCAAUUUGUAAAUAGGGUUUCGAACGAUUUCCAGUGACGGACUUUCGCUCUGUGUGUAGAAAAGCGAGGAGAAAAAGGCAUUUAAAAAAACCUUAAUCUAGGUGUCGUAUGGUAUUUUAACGAGACACACAACGAACACUUUUUCCGUUCAUCGAAUCCCCGGUUUUUGCAUUUUUUUUUACACUCGACCCCAUCAACACUUCCCUGUAGGUUCUCCCUAGUUCCCUCCCACCAAACCAAGCGCACACACACCUCUAGAACAUAAAAACAAAAAACAAUUUGGAGUUAUUGGUGUACUUGAAAAUUAGUGUUAUAUAGUAUGUUUACUGAAUGUAAGAAA